AUGGCGAGUCGAUCCAGCAAGGGCAUUCUAAAGAAACCGAGAAGGAAGCCACCAUCAGUCACAUCUAACAGCUCCAAUUCAUCAUGGCUCGCCCGUAUACAAUCUCGAUUCUAUGCUUCCACCGAUUUCCACACCGUACCUGCUUUAACGAGACAAGAGCUCAAGCGAGUGACGUUUGCUGUAUGCGACUUUAAGACCGAGCACAUACUCGACGACUUGCGUGAACAAGUAGACCACAGCAACGGUGACCAGCGUAUUGCAAAGGAUGAUGAUGACUUUGGAGAGCUUUAUAAGCAAGCGUGUCGUCUUGUUGAGGAACCACCUCUUGAAUGUUUCAUGAACCUGUUACAGCAAUCCUUCCCUCGCUAUUCGCAGUUGUCUGUCGUCGAUCUCUCAGGACAAUCCAUUGGCGCCACUCAAAUGGAACCCAUCGCUAACAUACUAGCCGUCAGUCCCAACCUGAAAAAUAUCAAACUUGCUCGCUGUGGUUUGGAUGAUGAGUCAGCACGAGUUUUGCUGCAUGAUUUGCUUUUAUAUGAUCACGUUACGGAGCUUUGUCUUGAAGACAAUCCUUUCAAGUCCCAAGGAUUCAAGUAUAUUGCCAUAUUUAUAAACCAUUCCCAUUCCAUCAAGAAGCUCGACAUUUCCCAUUGUAUGAUCGACAAGAAAGGGAUGCAUUAUCUCUCACAUGCCAUUCACACCUCACCAUCAUUGGAACGUUUGCACAUGGAUCAUUGCUCGUUGAAGCCUUCCUUGAUUGAGAUACUGGCGGGUGGAGCUCGUCAAUCAGCAUCAUUACGCCACUUGUCGAUUCGACACAAUCGUAUCACGCCAAAAGGAGCACCAUGGUUAGCUGCCAUGCUCGUCAGUGACGAGCCCAUUGAAGUCUACUGGCAAUCAAGAGCCUAUGUACGACGUGGCAUUCGGAUUCUCGACUUGACAGGAAAUGAAUUACAAGGCGCCAUCACCUCACUCGCUCAAGCUCUUGCUGGAAACAAGACGUUGACUCAUUUGAUACUAUCACAAUGCCAACUCCAUGCUGAAGAUUGCACGACUUUGGCGGACGCUUUGCUGCAUAAUCGCCAUUUGCAAGUGUUGGACAUUUCAGGAAAUCAUAUGCUAAAGAAUUCGGAUCAGGGAAUCCAGGCAUUCAAAUGCGCUCUUUCAAGAAACCACUUUUUGCGCGAAUUGAAUCUCUCCAAUACCGACCUUGACUCAAGUGCAGCCAUCGCUUUGGCAGAAUGUCUUCCCGAGAAUUCAACACUCUUGCGUCUAGACCUUUCUCAAAAUCCUCGUAUUACGCUUGCUGGUGUCUUGGCCUUAUCCAUAUCUGUAAAGAUGAAUCACACGCUUACAUUCCUGGAUAUCAAUAUACCGCCGGAUGACGAUGAAAUUGCACAGCUACAGAACCAGAUCGUUGCAAUAUGCACGAGGAAUAUGCAGCAAUCAUAUGACAUUCAUUCGCACGGUGAAAACGAAGAUCGAAAAGAAGCCUCGCUUUCAUCCUGUAUUAUACCAGCCAACAAUCAACAACAACAAGGAGCAGGAGUGGAUUCCUAUGUAGUAGAUCAUGCAUCUUCUUGUGUGUUACCUGUUUCAUGA